AUGGACAAGCUUCUUCAUUAUGUUAACCUCGAUGGGCGUAUCAAUGCUCUCUACUCUACUCCUUCCAUAUAUACAGUGCAAAACAUGCGGCGAAUGAGGCUUGGCCCUUGGAAACAGAGGACUAUUUCCCACCGUAUAAAUGCUUACUGGACUGGAUAUUUUACAAGUAGGCCAGCACUUAAACGUUAUGUCAGAGUGAUGAGUCGCUACUACUUGGCGGCAAGGCACCUUGAGUUUUCCAAAGGGAGAAGUGGGAAGAGUCCGAAUACCGACAGAGCCGGAUCUGAGAUUCUCGCGUGGGGCUCCUACAAGUUGGGAGCACCAUUCAAAUGUUUCAAAAAACUCCCCUCAGAUCCGGCUCUGAAUACAGAUUCGUUACCAGAUGCUCUAGCAAUUGCUCAACAUCAUGAUGCUGUUUAG